AUGGCGGAACAACAACAGCAGCACAUGCCUGGUGGGCAUUACUCCGGUGCCAACCCCGUUCCGACCGUGAGGAAGUUCAUCCAGAAUCUCGACAAAGACAAGAAAGAGCGAGACCGCAAACUAGACGAAGAGAUGUCUGCUAAGCAGACCUCCUCUAGUGACGUUGUCCCACAUAAACCUCAGAAGACGGGUAUCAAGAGCACUCAGAAGAAGGUAACGGAUCCGACGACGGGCAGGGAGGUCGUCAUUGAGGACGCAGAUAAGUCUAUGAUGAAUCAAGUGGAGAAUCCCCAGCUGUCUGUUCCAAAUGCUAAUUUAGGGAAGGAUACGCCCAUCAAGACAGAUCCCUCACAAUCUUUCGAGGAUUACAAGUACAACCAGGAUGUCACGGCUCCCCCAGACCCAGUUGCAGAGGGUACUACUUCCGAUGUUCCAAUUCACGGUGAGAAGACCAACAUUCUCUUCCACCCGACUCCGUCCGUCAGCUAUGAACCUAUGUUCGCUGCUCUCGAGAAACGGGCUGGAUUUCUGUGCAUUGGUAUUCUUGUGACGACAGUAGUAAUUGGCAAGAUAUUUGGCGGAGCUCUCAAGGGACUGAUUCUCUUGAGUAUGUGCCUUUCAUCCGGGGUAUGGUUGUGGAUGAAAGAGGUGGUGCGCAGCGGAAGGGAAGUAGAAUGGCACAGUGAGCAGACACGCGGUGAGGUGGCCACCGCCAAUCUACUUCCUGAAUCCGUUGAGUGGAUGAACAGCUUGCUAGGGAUUGUCUGGGGCUUGAUCAAUCCCGAUAUGUUCCAAGGAGUUGCAGACACGCUUGAAGAUGUCAUGCAAGCCAGUGUUCCAGGAGUUAUUGAAAACGUCCGUGUCGCCGAGAUUAAUCAGGGUAGCAAUCCACUCCGAAUUCUUAGCCUUCGGGCUCUGCCAGACAGUCACAUGGGAGAACUUAAGAAGUCCAUCCAUGAGGAAAACAAGAAGACCAAAGAUCCCCAGGAAGCGGCGGCCGAUGAAGAAGGAGGCGAUUUCUACAAUCUAGAAGUCUCGUUCGCAUACCAUGCAAAACCUAGCGGCAAGCGAGCUUCCGACAAGGCCCGCAAUAUGCACAUGCAACUUGUUUUCUACUUGGGUAUUAAGGGAUUAUUUGGCGUUCCACUUCCGAUCUUUGUCGAAUUGCAAGGAUUAAUUGGGACUGUCCGCCUCCGUCUCAACAUGACACCAGAGCCUCCUUUCCUGAAGACGUUGUCGUUCACUCUGAUGGGUACUCCUCACGUUCAAGCUGGUUGCAUACCUAUGGUUGAAAAGGGCGUUAACAUCCUUAACUUGCCCUUAAUUAGCAACUUUGUUAACUACGCGAUUGGAGCCGCGGCCAGUAUGUAUGUCGCACCGAAGUCAAUGAGCAUCGACAUGCGAGCUAUUCUUCAGGGCGACUCUGUUCAGAAGGAUGUAGAGGCUCUUGGUGUCAUGUGGAUUCGUAUCCAUCGAGCUGUGGGCCUAAGCAAGCAAGACCGGCGCGGCUCUGCGCAUGGCGGAAGCGACCCCUACAUCACGCUGGCCUUUUCCAAGUACAGUAAGCCGAUGUACUGUACCCGGGUCAUCACCGAUGAUUUGAAUCCUAUCUGGGAAGAAACUACGGCGCUCUUGGUUACCCCAGAACUCAUCAAAGCCGAUGAGAACCUUAGUGUAGAACUUUGGGAUUCAGAUCGUCAUACUGCGGAUGACAUCGUUGGGAAAGUCGAGCUUUCGAUGCAGAAGAUGAUUCAACAUCCUGGCAGGAUGUAUCCGCAAGUGUCCAAAUUGGCAGGUAUGGACGCUGGAAGCGAAAUGCCGGGUGAACUUCACUGGGAGGUGGGCUACUUCGGCAAGCCUCAGUUCCGCCCUGCGCUGAGGACUGACGGCAAGAAUCGAGCACUGCCAGACGAGUUGAAAGACGACCCGUCACUACAGGAUGAUAAAGGUGUCAUAAACAGUGAGCAAGACGACGCUGUGAUGCACACUCCACCAGACCCUUUAUGGCCAAGUGGAGUGUGCUCCAUCAUCGUUCACCAGAUUGUGAACCUCGAACUCGAAAAUGUCAAGGGCAGUGAGGGCAAUCGUAGAGGGAGAGAGUAUGAGCCAGCGAAGCCAUUUGGGGAAGCUACUGAAGAGACAGGAGGGAAUCUUCCCACAUCUUAUUGUACCAUCCUCUACAACGACCAGCUUGUCUACCGAACGAGGAGUAAGGCCGUCUCGUCCCAGCCUAUUUUUAACGCAGGAACAGAACGAUUCAUUCGCGACUGGCGUUCAGCCAUCGUCACGGUCACUGUUCGCGAUUCCCGCAAUCGAGAACACGAUCCUAUACUUGGAGUCGUACCCUUGAAGCUUUCUGAUAUUCUCGAGACAUCGUCUCAAGUCACUCGGUGGUAUCCGCUCGAUGGAGGCAUUGGAUUCGGCCGCAUUCGUAUCUCGCUCCUUUUCCGCAGCAUUGAAACUCGUCUCCCUGCAAACAUGCUAGGUUGGGAUGUAGGCACAUUUGAAUUCCGGUCUGAGCGGAUCCUGGCAGUGGGAUACACUCGUGCAGCGAAGUUGCGACUUCGAACCGGUGGCAGCACGGGAAAGAUUUCUCGAUCCCAAGCCCAGAAACUUGAUGAAGGCGAUGGCUACUAUUGGGAUUUGACAACUACAGGGGGCAAGAACAAUAUUCGCUUACCCGUGAAGUAUCGUUAUAGAUCGCCCAUCGUAUUCGAGUUCCAUGUCGCCAACAAGAGGAAAGCAGAUGCCUAUGCAACGAUCUGGCUUCAGCAUUUCAUAGAUAACGAAGACGCAGACAUCAACAUUCCCAUCUGGCAGACGGCAAAUCCGGCCCGCCUCACCCAAAACUACAUCACGGAGGAGAAUUGCAAGAAAGAACCAGGCCUCGACGAACUCGAAGAAGUCGGUCGCCUUCAAUUCCGUGCUCGAUUCAAGGCGGGAACAGAUGAAUCUCACGAAUCCUUCAUUGUCGAUAAUGAAUCCCGUGAAACCUAUGAAACCUGGGAAUGCUGUCUCACUGAAGGCGUUCGCAACCGUAAAGUCGACAAGGAACUCCCAGAUCGCCUCCAACGGCUGCACGACGAAUCACUGGUUGAGGGACGAGACAUGCUGAAGCAAGCAGAUGAUCAAGAGAAAAAGAAAUGGCUCUCCAAGGAUGGUGAAGACUGGUCUGGAGCCUUUGGUCACGACCCGAAGGCAUAUAUGGAUACCAAAGGCAAAAAGAGGAGAGAACCUGGCGUUGAAGAACCACUACAUGACCCAUACCACCCAAGCGAUGACGAAGACCAUGACGACGUCGACAACGACAGCGGCUCUUCGUCCGAAGAUCUCGGUAUCCAAGACGCCGACAACGCAGGCAACAUGUCCAGCAUGAACGGCCAACUCCAACACCAAAGCACCGAUUUAUCUCCCAGCUCCGCUCGUGCCUCCGCCAGCAUAGACCGCACCGAAACAACAACUGAUACGAACGGCUCAUUGAACCAGUCGUCGACGAGUUCUAGUAAGGACGUUAAUCGACAGAAUAAGAGGGCCGAGGAGCGCAAGCAGAGGGGUUUGAUGCAGUGGAAGCCGGCCCGCAAUGCCAAGUUCGCGAAGGAUCAAGGCAAGAUUGGGUUUGCAAAGUUGAAGAAGAAGAUUACGGGGGGAUUGGAGGGACGGCAGCUUGGGGUUGAGACUGAAACUGGAAGCUAAACUUGACGCCGAGAGAAGGGUCAUAUGUGGUUUUAAUCAAGUGUGAUCUAGGAACCUGGUGAUAGGAAUGAAUGGCAAGAUUAAAACGUGGGUACUAUGGUGUAAGCUGGAUCAUUUGGACGCUUCUUGUGAGCAUGGUGGGCCACUUUAUUUGGGUGUAUCUGGGGUCCAGUUAAUUAUUACGUUGCAUUUCGUCAGAGAAAAAGGAUACAUGUAGUGCUCUCUAAUGCCUUUCCUUACCAUACCUUACCAUACAUUUCCUUGUCUCUUUUUAUUCUUGUCUCGAGUCAAGACACUGUAUAUCUAGCUAUGUAGUACACCAC